UCCAGUUUCAAUGCUGGGGAAAGUUACUUUCAAAAGUAAUGCAUUACAAUAUUGCAUUACUCUUUAUAAAAAAAGCAACUAAUUGCAUUACUUUUUAAUGAAAAGUAAAGCAUUAAUUUACUUUUGCAUGACUUUUUCUCAUCUGGGCUGGGCUUGCUUGUUUGUUUUUAUGUAAAAAGUUAUAUUUUUGGCAAAUGUGAAAAGGCUUUUCACACCAAAGGUGAAAUGAAUAAGCCUGGCUGAAGGAAAUGUAAAUUCACGUCUGUGAAGUAGAGGCUUCGGCUCAAACAAACCUUUCAGCUGUGCUGCCAUUCUGGAUUGCAUAAAAAAAGACGCAGGAAAAGAAAGUUCAACACACUUCAGCAAUAGAAAAAAAUUAAACACAAAUGUAAUUUAUCUGAAGUAAAUAUGCUUAUCAGUAUGGUUGAAUUGGAUCAUCGGGUGUCAGGAGCAAAGACAGUAGUUGAUAAAAUGGGAUUAAAUACUUAAAAUGACUUACUCCCCAUUUCUCUCAACUUGGGGACAGGAGAGCUGCCAGUCAAUAAAUGGGAAAACUGGCAUUACUUAUUUGAAAGAGUAACUCGGAUAUUUUCUUGUAAAUUAAAAAGUAAUGCAUUCCUUUACUAAUCAUUUAUAGAAAGUAAUAUGAUUAUGUAACUCCCCCAACACUGCAGUUGAAAAAUGUCACCCUAUUUAAAUCAAACACACAGAAUUUCAAUGAUCCAGAGCAGAAAGAGUCCAUCUUCGCCUGCUUUUUACAUUCUCAUAGAUUUAUUUUUAGAAUGCAGGGGUGGAAAGCGGGACAUACAGUCAGAAUCACGCACCCAGGCACCCUAUAGAUCAUCAGGAGUUGAAUAGAAUGAGCCGCCCUUGAGACUGAAGCACAAUUGGCGCCUGAUAUAUUCCACAGAAUCACACUCUGAUCCUAAUGGCGACAGAAGUAGAGGGCUCAGCAUGAGCCCACGUAAGAAAACAGAUUGCAAACUACGUCCCAUCAGCAUCAGAAGAGCGGCCCGAUUACACUCCAUGUGUGUAGCUGAACGGCUGGCAUACCGUUCCAGUGUCAUUCUGUCAUCCAUGGCAUUUAGCAGCAUCGUGGCACUGAGGAAGGGAUUCCUGCGCACAUGGUAUAUGAGGAGCCAGUGACAGUGAUGAACUCCGAGCAGGAAAGGCCGUUCAUGUGCAGCGCCCCGGGCUGCUCUCAGAGAUUCCCGACGGAGGAUCAUCUAAUGAUUCAUCGACACAAGCACGAGAUGACCCUCAAAUUCCCCUCCAUCAAAAAUGACAACAUGCUGUCAGACCAGACACCAACCCCAACGCGCUUCUUGAAGAACUGCGAGGAGGUGGGUCUCUUCAGCGAGCUGGACUGCUCUAUCGAACAAGAGUUUUGCAAGGCUCAGGAGGAGGAGGACAGCAAACAGAAUAUCGCUCUUCAUGGGCAGCACCAGCAGAGCCACUCAAGAAUGGCCAACCAUGACAGCAGCAUAGUGAUCCAGCAGGCCCUGCCCUCGCCCCAGUCCAGUUCUGUCAUCACUCAAGCCCCUUCCACCAACAGACAGAUUGGACCAGUGCCUGGUUCCCUUUCCUCGUUGUUGCACCUGAGGAACAGACAGCGACAGCCGCUGCCGGCCUCCAUGCCUGGCACGUUGCCUGACCCGACUAUGCAAGGAUCGUCUGCUGUUCUGAUGCCUAUGGAGAGGCAAAUGUCUAUGGGGUCUAAUAUGAUGGGCAUGCAAGGCCCCGCCCACAGCGGCUCAUGCUCCUCCCCUCAUGUCCCAUCCAUGCACUCAGAGGCAAAGCUGAGACUGAAAGCUGCCCUUGCCCACCAUCCAGGGGGCAUGGCGAACGGCAAUAUGAACUCCAUGGGUCAUAUGAUGGAGAUGAUGCAAUCGCGGCAGGAUCAGGCCGGUCACCACCACCUGCACUCUCACCCCCAUCAGCACAUGCAGGGACCACCCCACGGAUACCCACAUCAUGCCCACCACCACCCCAGCCAUGCACAGAGCGGCCAUCACCACCCACAAAACCACGGGCACCACAACUCCCACCCGCCCCACCUGCACCCUGCACAUGGACAUCAGACCUCUCCACAUCAACCAAUGCACUCGGCUGCUUCACAGUUAUCUCCAGCUGCACAGCAAAUGCAGCUGACGCAGACCCUUCAGUCCCCUCCGCCCAGUGGAGGGCGCCGCAGACGGGUCGUAGACGAGGACCCUGACGAGCGCAGGAGGAAGUUCCUAGAGAGGAACCGCGCGGCCGCCACACGCUGCAGACAGAAGAGGAAAGUGUGGGUGAUGUCGCUAGAAAAGAAAGCGGAGGAGCUCACCCAAACCAACAUGCAGCUGCAGAACGAGGUUACCAUGCUAAAAAACGAGGUGACACAACUGAAGCAGCUUUUAUUGACGCAUAAGGACUGUCCCAUCACCACCAUGCAGAAAGAGUCUCAAGGUUACCUCAGAAUCAGAUGAGAUCUCUUUAAUAUCUCAGUUAUUUUUCCUAAACUACAAGUAUAUGGAUGGAUGGAUGGAUGGAUGGAUGGAUGGAUGCAUGGAUGGAUGGUUGAUUGGUUGGUUGGUUGGAUGGAUGGAUCAAUGGACAGAUAGACAUGUGGAUAGAAAAAUGGAUGGAUGGCAGAUAGACGGAUGGAUGAAUAAACAUAUCGAUGGGUAGCUAGAUGGAUGGAUGGAUGGACAAAUAGACUGACAGCUGAAUGGACGCAACCAGACAUCUUCAUCUCUCCUCUUGUCCCUCAGGUCCAGAGAGCAGUCCGGCAGAAAGUCCCACCCCUGUAACCCAGCAGCAAGUCAUCCAGCACAACACCAUCACCACCUCCAGCACAGCGCCCAAUCACCGCACAGAUAUUAACCCCAUCCACUAGAGACUCGCCCUUUACCACGCUGGACAUCCCGACUUAAAAUCCCGGACAGACACACACCUCUGUGCCUCUGCGGCAGCUUAUUCUUCUGUUUGUAAUUUGCAAAUGUAAACGGAUGACCAUUUUGUUUAGUUCUGUGUGUUUUAUGUUUCCAUUUGUGUCUGCUUAAAAAAAAGGGAGUUCGCAUAAAUCAUCGGGCACCAUCUCACUUGUCAAGGACAUCACUAGUGGAAACGUAACUGUUACAUCUGUUCCUGGAUUACUGCUGGACCAAUGCCUUUACAAAUGACAAAAAAAACUCAGAUAGCUGGAUAGCUUUUGCUAUGCAUUUUCCAUUGCCAAAAAGAUGCUGUCCUUUCUUUUCUGCUUAUUGUUAUAACAAUUACUCUCACAGUCUCCUUUUUAUCAAAUUCAAAGGGAUAAAUUAGGAAGGUCAGUCUCCAUUGGGAGUUCCUUAUGAAAGUAACCUGAAGCAAUAUGAAUCUCUGACAUGCUCAGCAAUCUGAUUGUCUUCCCUUGCUCGCUCAGACCAGAAUCUAGAUCAGAUUAAGUUCAACCUAUUAGCUCCUGUCAUUUCAGAUAUAAUUUCAAAAGUUAUUUUCUUAAAACAAAACAGCUUUGGGCUCCUAAGCUGGUACAAAUCAUGCAAAUGGAAUGCAUUUAUCAGGCUUCUGUGAGCAUAUGCCCUGCUCAACAUGUGUGAGAUUUUGGAGUUCACAGCUGCAAUCGUGUUGCACCAGGAAGACCUCUCUCUCUUGGCGUUUCUGUCCAAACAUUUCGGAAGAUCCCAUCAGCUGUUUCAUUUUAAGCUGGUGUAACUUCUGGUCAGAGUUACCCCUGGUCCUCAUCAGUUUGCAUAUUGCUUCUUCUGGCGGUUCAUUUCGGUAUCUGUUUUGGAUCAGCAAGUCAACUAAGUAUUAUGCGUAUGUUUUUGUGCUCAUAUGUGGGCCUCCCAACCAAUGCACUCCAACUAAUCUUGCACCAGAAUAAUGCCAUGGAAAACUUUUGGAAGCUUUUGCUUUUUAGCUUUUGCUUAAGACUAUGGAAAACUUAAAUGCUACUUAAAAGUAGCUUUCGUUUUGUCUCAAAGUAUUGUUUAGAUCAUCCUCGGGCAUUCUGACUGUGAGGAAGAUUAAUUUAAUAGGCUUAAAUGUAAUAGGAUAUAUUUUGAUACAUCCCAGUUCGUUGUCCUGGUUUGUUUGGUGCCUAGGAAAUUAUAUGAGGCUUCCUUCUUGACAUGGACCAUGGUAAAUUCUGCACUUGACUAUAGUCCAUAUGAAACCGUCAAGCCCCAACAAAAGUGCUGUUGGGCGUUAAAACCAGGACGCAUUUGUGGUUACUAUUAUUCCUUAGCGGACAUGCCAUUUUCUGAACUCAAUACAUAGCAUUACACAAUAGGUUUGAUGGUGGCAUUUUACACCUCAGAAACGGUGUCCCAAUGUGUAAUGAACCAGGGUUUUUCCCAGUGCCUGAGUCUGUGUACACGAUACGCUGAUUCACGACCUAGGCAGCUGAUUGAGAUGCACCUGAAAAAAAAGCUGGGCAAUUGAACGCGGAAAUGUAUUCUGUAUGAACUGCCCUAAUCAUAACAUUCCAAUGUGACCUUUGUAAGGGAAAUGUGGGCAAAAUCCCAUAUAUCCCAUAGGCGUAUGAUCGUGGGGUACUGUCACUUUAAGACAUUGAGUCCUAAAUACCUUAAAGACCAUGACACACCAAACCAACAGUAAAGUACUAGCGGCUAUGAAAGCCGACUGUGUUGUUGUCUUGCUUCGCCUGUGUCUGGGCUAAAAAGUUCGCCGCAAAGGCUACAGCCAAAGGCCGACUAUUACGUAAAAUUCUGCAUAUGCAUAAAAAUAAAAUAAAAACUUUCCAUUCCAGCAGUGGACAGUAGUCUGCAACACAGAAACUGAAACUAAACAAAUACAAACCAUAAACAAAACAGUGCUUUCUUACAGCUUUCUUCAUUCCAAAUGUUUUUUCAUUGCCAUAUCACUAUGAAAAUAUUUGCAUACUUGAAUGCUCAGGUUGGACAAUGUAAAAUUAGAACAGGGGCCUCUUAACGUACUUAUUUGCUUGUUUUCGUAACUUUUGUUUUUCUUCUUGUGCACUGGUUCGCUAAGCUAAGCACCCAAUCAGUGUGAUCUUUCCUCAAUCGGCCAAAGAGCCACCAACUAGUGGCGACCGUAAUGAUGGCCUGGCAUUGGUGUGUCAUGGACUUAAGUUGCAUUUUCCUUGUCUAAUUGCAAAUAAUGAAGCAAUUUGGUCCACUUUGGUUUUUGAUCUAUAGCGAUCUAGAUACUGCUUUUCAGAUGUCACUAUGUGCCUGAAUACGUCUUAAAUACUCACAGAGGGAAGAAUGUCAGUCCUUAGUAAUAUCAUUGCAUUUGUUUUCAAUUCAGGUUGAACUUUAAGGCCUUGACAUUGUUUUGCUUUUUUGUAAAGACUAAUUACUAGUGUUUUAUUGUGGACACUGUUUUGGACUCAUUUUGGUGUUAAUGGACUUUUCUACCUUUUUGCAAACAAUGAGGCCUGUGAUGAGAAUACAAGCAAGCUGGAUAUGUCUUAGCAUCACAAAGAGAGAUGCACCAUAAUUUUUCGCCUGUGCUAAAAAAGGGCCUUUUUUCCAGCAGCUAAGCUCAGAACUCUGUUUCAUGCUUUUCACAGUUUGUAGAGGAUUUUUCUUCCCUCCUAACUGGAACAUAUUGAUUCCCUUCGCCUUUCCUCGCAGCACUGUGUUUGGAACAAGAGCGUGCAAAACGACCUCCACAUCGAGAGGUGGAAAUCUUGUAGCUGUCUAUGCACUUUGACCUCUGUGAGCAGCAGAGGAUGGAAUAGCCAUAUAGAAGACUCAGCGAUUCCCAGUUCCCACACCAGCGAGAGCCAGCCACUGUCAAUCUAUGGAGCAACGCAACUUGUACGGACCGAUGGGAUUGGAGCCCGGAAUGGGUCACCCCAAUUUGAACCCCAAAGGCUUGGGUUUUGGAGGUGCUCCUGUAGCUUUAAGACUUAAAACUAUCCCUUUAGAUAGAACCUGUUUGUCACACUGUGAAAUGGGUGACGUCAAGGUGAACUGGAAACAUGAUUGUGCUUUUUUUUGAUGGUGGUUAGGUUUUUUCCCAGCAGAGUUCACAUAGGAUAGUUCACCCAAAAAUUAACAUUGUCGUCAUUUAUUCACCCUCACUUCAUAGCAUACUUGUGUCUUUCUUAUCUUUCGUCUGCAGAACAAGAAAGAACAUAUUUUGAAGAACUUUUUACAGUUUUGUCCAUACAGUGAAAGUCAAAUGGGGUCCAAACAUUUCAAACUUCAAAAAGGAUGCAAAGGUAGUGUAAAUUAUAAAAUCAUUGAUUAAAUACUUUAUGAUGACAUGUCAGUAAUAGCAACUCUCAUUGGUUCUUGUGUGUCACAUGAUGCCAUAAAACAAGGUUUGAUGUUACUACUCCAUAUUUGUUUUUUUUGGGUGAACUGUCCCUUUAAGUAACUCAAUGUUUUCUGUGCAUGUAGCAUCAUAAUGUAGUUUCGAAUGGGAUUCUGAUGCCCACAGAGGGUGUGAGUUUCAAUGUUUUUGGUGUGUGAGCUUGAAAGUUAACUUGAGAUCUGUGUAUGCAUGCAUUUUCAGUCUCAUUGGCAUCUCAGACUUCACAAGUUUUGCAGUGUUUAACCCUACAUGAUGAGGUAAUAAUAUGGCUUGCUAAAAGGAGUUUGGAUCUCUAUGGACAACUUUAAACAGUCUAAAGUUGCGUUGUAGUUCAUCUCCUGCAUCUUUACUUUUCAAAGCAAGGUGGUCAGAAGCAUAUCUACGCAGGGCCAAGUUGUAUCUUACCCAAACAACAAACAAGAAAACACUGAACUGGAAAUAUUUCACUUAUUUCAGUGAGUAACAGACAUUAAUCUCAAAUUGUCGAUUUGGCAUUAGUCCUUGUUAAGAUGGGUGGAUGGAAGUCUUUUGUAAUAGCAUUCUUAUAAAAAUGAGGGAGAAUUUUUUUUGUGUGUGCGCGAGUAUAUGUGUUUUUUAGGUGGAGGACAAUGAAUACACAUUAAUAAAACUAUAAUGUAUCAUUGCAACAAAACUAUAAAUAUUGUAUAAAUUUGCAUUAAUUUUUGUAAUCUCGUUCCCGUAAUGCAACCACCUUUCUUUUUGAAAGGAGAACAUGUUUGGUACUUGUUUGUAAAUAAUGUUUGCAUUGCACUUGCAGUCUACAAAUGUUUGCCUGUUCAUUUCAAAGCUGAAACAUUGCAUUGUUUGUUGCGCAUAUUGAAUUCAUGAAUUCACACACGCUUGCAUAACUUUGUAUAUUUUAUAUGUUUAUUAAUGCCUUGAACAGUUUGUGUUUAUGCAGAUGUACAGAUGUGAGCUCAGACAGCUAUAUUACGAUAUGAAAAUAAAGCACUUGUUCUGUAACAAA